GAGCACAAUAUCACCACAGGAUCUGGAAGAGUGUUUCCAAGGAGGAUUUUCUGGGGGAUGGAAAGGGCAAGACCACCAAUGAAAGUUGGUGGAGUUAUGCCGGGGAUUGUGAGUCUGGAUGGAAAGAAGACUGGCACUUUCAGAGGUUCCUGCCCAGCUCUGCUUCUUGCCCACCAUGUAUGAAUACUUCUAUCCUGAUCUCCACGUUGUGAACACUGAGACCCCUGAAUCAGAAAGGAAGACACCUCUUCCCAGAUCAUGUUAGAGGGUGGAUUUGGUGUAAAACACUGAGAAGAAUAAAUAACAGCUUUGUAGGAAUGGAUACCUUUUCUAUUUUAUUUAAGAUAAACCACAAUAAGCAAAAUACACAUGUGGUGGUUAUUCUUGGUUCCCAACUUAACAAGACAUGGAAUUAACUAAAACUCUAAAAUGGAGGUCACAACAGUGAGAAGUGUUUUGCUUCAGGUGAAGUGAGGAGAUCCACUUCCAAUACACACUUUGGAGGUAAAAAGACAGAGAUGUUUAAUCCGGAUCUCAGGGCCUGAAGACACACACACCUUUAAUCCAGAUCUUGAGGCUAGAAGCCACACCCUAAAUUGGGCCACACCUUCUGCAGGAAGCCUAUAAAAGGACAUGAAAGCAGGAAGCUCUCGCUAUUUGCCUGCUUGCCUUCACCUUGCAACAAGUCCUUCCCUUCCCUGGCAAUAGAGAAUAUUUGGAAAUCCAGCAUAUUCUGAAGACCAGUGGACACAUCCAACAUCCUGGACUGAGUGAAGAGAAAACAAUUGCUAGUUCUUCAUAUUGGAUCCAGUUUAACCUUCAAAUUACCUGCAGGAGAAAUGGCAGGAGAUGGGACAGCCCAGAGAUGGGACCACACUCAAAUCAGCCUUCAGAAUUUCUCCUACAUGUGGACCAUCAGCAACUUCCGAUUUAUUCUGGAGGAAAUAACAGAAAGCAUUAGAAGCCCAACUUUCUCAACAGGAGCCAAUGACAAAUGGUGUUUGACAGUAUACCCAAAGGGAGUCGAUGAAGUAAGUGCAGAUUACCUGUCAGUUAACCUCGUUUUGCUCAGCUGUCUAAAGAGUCAUGUUUGGGCAAAGUUUCAGUUCUGGAUCCUAAGCGCCAAAGGAGAGAAAAUGCAAACCAUGAGGAGCCCAAGAGCCUUUAAGUUCAUGCCAGGCUGCGACUGGGGAUUCAAAAAGUACAUCCUUCGAGAUUUCCUCCUGUCCCAUGAGCCUAGUCUUCUCUCAGAUGACCAGCUUACCCUUGUCUGCAAGGUGAGCAUGGUCCAGGUCUCUUUGCACAUCUCUGACCAGAACAGGAAGCCAAGGAUCCAGGUUCCCAGAUGCACAUUGGCUGAUGAGAUAGGAGACCUGUGGGAGAAUUCCCGAUUCACAGACUGCUGCCUGGUGGUAGCUGGCCAGGAAUUCCAAGCUCACAAGGCCAUCUUAGCAGCUCGCUCUCCAGUUUUCAGAGCCAUGUUUCAACAUGACAUGGAGGAGAGCAGAAAGAAGCGCUUUGAGAUCCCUGACCUGGAGCCACAAGUCUUCAAGGCAAUGAUGGACUUCAUUUAUACCGGAAAAACACCAGACCUGGACAGCAUGGCAGCUGCUGUAAUGGCAGCUGCUGACAAGUAUGGCCUGGAGCGUUUGAAGGUCAUAUGUGAGGAUGCCCUCUGCAGGCAGCUCUCUGUGGAGAAUGCUGCCCACACUCUGGUCCUGGCUGACCUCCAUAGAGCAGGGCAGCUGAAAACCCAGGCACUGGAUUUCAUUACAGCUCAUGCUUCUGAGGUCUCUGAGACCUCAGACUGGAAGGCAAUGGUGGGCUCAUAUCCCCAUUUAGUGGCUGAAGCAUACCGUUCUCUGGCUUCAGCUCAUCUCCCUCUCUUGGAGCCCCCUUUCAAACGCUUGAAGCAAUCCUAGGACCUGGUCAGCUGUGUCCUACACUUGUCUCCCAGAAGCAGCAGCCAAUGUUGUUACCAAUGACACUGGGUAGAC